AUGGAGCGUCUGAAGUUAGUCUUGCAGUACUUCCAGUCAAACUCUGAGUCCAUCUCCAACGGGAUAUGUAUUAUACUGGCCUUGGUCAGUGUCAAACUUUAUACCAGCUUCGACUUCAACUGCCCGUGCCUUCCUCAGUAUAACAAACUCUAUUCUCUGGGAGUGAUGAUUGUCCCGCCAAUCAUACUGUUCUUCUUGGGGGUUUUGGUCAAUCGACAUACUGGUGUGAUGAUGGAUGAGUGGAUGAGACCUAUCGGGAAUAGAUCAAAAAACCCUGCUGUGGUAAAGUACCUUUUCUCAGCGAUGCUCCAGAGGGCCCUGCUUGCACCAAUGGUGUGGAUCUUGGUCACUUUGUUGGAUGGGAAGAUCUUUAUCUGUGCCUUUAGCGUGAGUGUAGACCCUACAUUAUUCUCAGGAUUGCCCAACAAUACAGGACUGGAUGUGAUCAAAAUCAUGGCUAAGGUGCCCUGCAAAGAGGAUUACAUCCUCAAGAAUACCUCCUUCCGCAAAGCUGUCUCACGAUACGUUCGCUGCUAUUCACAAGCAUUUGGCUGGUCCAUCCUGCUCCUCUUGAUUGUCCUUGGAACACUGGCGCGCCUCAUCAAGCCCUAUUUUGAUGACCAUGCCAGAGCUCUGCAGACUCGCUACUGGAGCAACUACCUUGAUGUAGAGCAGAAACUUUUUGAUGAAACCUGUGUCCUGCAUGCCCGUGACUUUGCCCGUAAAUGUGUAGUGCAGUUCUUUGAGGAUAUGAGGGAGGACACAAUCAUAACACUUUCCCAUCCAUUCUUUAUGACAAACACCACAGAGGAGUGGGAGGCUGAAGAAGAGGAGAGACUUCAUGGGGUAACCAAGCAAGAGCAGGUAGACCAGCUGCUCAACAAAUGGUACUUCAAUAAACCUGAACUGGAUGUCACCAGGAUCGCACACAGACCCAGGACAUGUGUUACAUGGCAAGACCGUGAUGGGAAAACUUUAUACUCUGAUGUGUAGGACACUCAG